AUGAGUUCUUCUUCUUCUUCUUCAUCAAGCUCCAACGUAUGGAGUUCAAAGCAAAACAAGGUGUUCGAAAAUGCUCUGACGGUGUACGACAAGGACUCGCCGGACCGGUGGCAGAAGCUGGCCGGAGCCGUCGGCGGGAAGACGGCGGAGGAAGUGAAGAGGCACUACGAGAUGCUGGUGGAGGACGUCCAUAAUAUUGAGAUUGGAAGAAUUCCUUUACCCAAUUACUCCAAUUCUUCUAAACAAUAUUACUCCAACUUUCUUGAUGAAGAACAAAGGUUGAAGGGUCUAAAGCUAUAAUGACUUGCAACACGAGACAGAAGAUUAAUAUAUUUAUAUUAUAUAUAAUAAGAAUAUUGUAUAAAAUAUUGCGUCUCGAUUUCGGUUUAUUGUACUUAAAUUAGCUGAUCUUCAGCCUUAGAAUGCUUGCAUUUAGGAGCGUUCACGAUUUUUGGUUCGGUAUGAUUUUCAUCCAAACCAACUUAAUUCUUCAAUUUGCUAUAAAUUUGAAUCGGUUGAACUGAUUA